AUGCAUCCGGCUCUUAAUUAUCGACAAUCUCGAAGAUCCGCCUGUGAUCGAUGUCGCGGAUUCAAAUUACGCUGUGAACGUGAUCAUCUGAAUGGCAGAUCAUGCGAAAGAUGUCUCAAAGCUCAGGUCGUGUGUACGACAAGUAUCAACCAUCCUUCUUCAAAUUAUUUGUCGUCAAGGAACGGCCACUGCUCCUACCCCGGGGAUUCUGACACCAGAUUCAUGAGCUCCGAGCGACAUUCUGUACCUAUUUUGCAUAAGUCAUUCAAUUCGAAAGUGAAGAAGGCCGUAUCAUCUGGAAGCUUCCAUAAACCCGACCAAAGAUACAACAGCUGGCAAUAUCCAGAGGACUUCUCACCUUGGAAUAUUGAGAAUCAACCCCCUUUCUCAGGAGAUAUGGGGUUUCAGGCCUCCACCUAUCCUGAGGCAUCAUUGCCAUUCGAUCACUGGAAUGAGCAGCAGCUAUCAUGGGCUACUGGCAUUUAUCCUAUGCAGCCCACAUUUGACAGUUUGCUAUUCGAGCCUGACUAUCGCCUGGAUCACCAACCUCCGGCCUCGCAUGCACUCGUGAUGGAUCUCUCUUUCAAUCUCCAAGAUAAAUCGCACACAGGUCCUACAUCCUCACUACCCUCACAGCCACCAAUACCCUUAAACACAAGCCCACCAUCUCUAGUCGAAAAUCAUUGGGAUGCUUCCUGGGAUGCAGUCAUAUCGGUAACUGAGAACGAGAAACAACGAGGAAAUAGCACGGCUGAUUGGAGUCCCACGAACAACUACGAUGUGCGGAAAAGGCUAUUUAAGCUCAACUUAGAGAUGCUUGAUGAUCUAGAGCUUUUGGAGACUGGCUCUGAUAUCUUGCAACCUUCGACCUUGCUUGGAGAUGAUGACAGCUCCUCAGGGGGAAACUGGAGAUCCCCAUUUUUCGCAUGCUCAACCACUCUACAAAAUUCUUAG